AUGACUUCGUUUCGUGUUUGGCAUAUCAGUGGUGCUAAUGUGGGUCUCGGCCUGCAGCUUGCACUCAAGGCCCUCCACGAAGGAGACAAAGUCGUUGCUGCCGUCCGGUCCCCAGAUAAGGUGCCCGAAACCCUGAAAGUACCUGCUGUCAAGGUCUUGCAGUUCGACCUCUCGUGGUCCCAAGAGAGGAUGAAUGAAUACGCUAAGGUGGCAUUCGAAUCGUUCGGGAAAAUCGAUGUCCUGGUUAACAACGCCGGAUAUGCCUAUAUGGGUGCUAUCGAAGAAACAGACCCGCUGGCUGAAUACAGGGAUUCUGCUGUAAAGCAGCAAUUCGACACCAACGUCUUCGCCAUGCUCCGUAUCAUCCGAGCCAUGCUGCCCCGCUUGCGUGCCCAGGGAAGUGGCUACAUCAUGAACCUCUCUUCCAUCGGCGGCUUUCGCGGCGUCCAGUCUAACGGUGUUUACUGCGCUACAAAAUUCGCCGUCGAGGCAGUAACAGAGGCCCUUUCUGUCGAGGUCGCUCCGUUCGGACUCCACUGUGUUAUCGUGGAGCCUGGCUAUUUCCGCACCUCCUUUUUAUCCAACCCUGCCUCCGGUGCGAAUGUAGCUGCGCCCUUGGCUGCUUAUGAGGGCACUCCUGCUCACGAAGCGAGAAAGAACUUCGAGAAAUACAACGGUCGGCAGCCCGGAGAUCCGGUUCAAGGGGCGGCUCGCAUGUGGGAGUAUGUCGCUGGCGAAGGUUUGUUCAGCGGCAAGAAAAAGCUCUUGAGGCUUCCGCUGGGAACCGAUUGCGGUACGGCUAUGCGGAAGCAUAGCGCGGAUCUUGCUGAGACGGCUGACCACUACGAAGAUAUCUGGAAGAGCACUGACUUCCCAAGUGGCUCCUGA